AUGGGGCGAUCGUGGUGGGGUGCGACCUUCUUCAGAGGUCUUCGUGUUCGCUUCCCUGGCAACAUCCCACGGGAACACGAGCCAUACAACAGAUGGACUUCAUCGCGUCAGUGCGCUGUGGGGCCGUGGGAAACGUGUAAAUGCAUCCAGAGGCACACCCUCGAGCUGACCAUCGGCAAUCAGGUCGAGCUUUGGCCCUUGCAGCUUCUCGCCCUGGCAUUGGUCCUCUUCAGUCUCGAUGUCUCUCUUCGGCACUCGCUCAAUGACACGUCCAUCUUUCCGCAAGCUGUAAAGCUCGCUUGCGCUGAUCUGACAGUAUGGACGUCUGGCGUCCUGGUCAGUAUCGGAAUCUACCGUCUCUUCCUUCAUCGACUUCGUCACUUUCCUGGGCCGAAGUCGUGGGCUUUGUCCAAGUUUGCACUCAUGUCCACCGACGCCAAAGGUCUUCGUCCAAGAGCCCUCGAAGAGGCCCACAAGAGGUACGGCGACAUCGUCAGGACGGGUCCUCGUGAGAUAUCGAUCAACGCGCCAUCUGCCAUUGUCCCUGUCAUGGGCUCCAGAAGUUCCUUCUGGCGGGGCCCUUGGUACGCUGCAACCGCUGGCGCUCGCAGUCCACACAUUCCUCGCAAUCUGCACUCAACCAUCAUCGAAGCGGAUCACUUUGCACGUCGCAAGGUCUGGGAUGCUGCUUUCUCAGCCAAAGCGCUCAAAGGCUACGAGACCAUCCUGAUCGACAACAUGCAGAACAUGGUCGACCAGCUCGAGAAGCGCUCCCAGCGGAAGGAAACAGUCAACAUCGACGACUACUGUUCGUUCUACUCGUUCGACGUCAUGUCUCAGGCAGGAUUUGCCGGUGACUUUGGCCUGCUCAAGCAAGGUCAGCUGACACCAAUGAUCCAAGCUUUGGAAGAUUUCAUGUCAUUCGUGCAGCUGGCUGGCAACCUGCCCUACCUCGUCGAGAUCUUGGGCCUCCUUCCGAACCCGAUUGCCGAAUUCGAUAAGUACAUGAACAAGAUCGUCAUGGAGCGCAAGGCUCGCAAAGAGGCGGUGCCGGACAUCAUGGAGCAUCUGCUUCACGGAAUCGAGACGGACAAGGGCAGCAGUGGCAAGCGUCAGGACGCAGAAGCAACUGCAGAUGCGCGCUUGAUGAUCGUAGCCGGCAGCGAUACAUCCUCCACCACUAUGGGUGUUGCCUUGUUCUUCCUGAUGGAGAACCCCAUGAUUCUGAGGGACCUCCGACAGGAACUCCUCGAAGUGUUUGGAGAUGAUCCUGCGCUGUUGACGGAUUUCGCACAACUGGACGAGCGGACCUGCCCGCUCCUCAACGCCAUCAUCAACGAGUCCCUCCGAAUCAUUCCGCCUGUGCCGACCGGCUUGCAACGCGAGAGCCCAUCGGACGCCAUCGUCGACGUGAAUGGCCGCAAAGUCGUGAUUCCGGCCAACACAAUCGUGACGCUCCCGAUCUGGUCACUUCAUCGAGACCCUCGCAACUUUUCUCCUGAGCCGCUGCGAUUCCGGCCUGGACGCUGGUUGGAGCCAGAAAAGGAGGAACGAUUCAACAAGGCGGCUUUUACGCCCUUCUCUUUUGGAAAGACCUCGUGUAUCGGAAAGGUUUUGGCCUACAUGGAGGUGCGUCUCGUGAUUGCCAAUCUCGUUCGUCGUUUCGACUUUGAGCCGGCAGACCACUACGACGCUAAAAAGUUCCAGGAUGGACUGGUGGAUGCAUUCGUGACUAAGCGCAACUACAAGCUCCCCGUGCAUGUCAAAGUUCGGAGCCACGUCGGAUCCUAG